AUGGCAGGCAGCCGACGGGGCGGUGCCACGGGCGCCUUCACGGUUACCGGAAAGUUCAAGCCGGUGCCUGAAUACGCUUUAACCUUUGUCCGCGACUACGACAUCAAGGGCAUCGGGGCCAUGUUAGCUAAAGCUGCUCCUUGCUCGAUGGAGGAACGGAUCGAACUCUUCAGGAAGAAUGUGGAACAAUUCAAGAAGCCUAAUGCCUUUGGAACAUUCCCCAAUAAAGGCAUGUCCAAGGCCAAGGACGAGGAAGAGGAGGGCGAGGAGAGCGAGGGGGAGGAUGACGAGGUGGAUGCAGAUGCUGACGAUGAUGUGUAUGAAGAUGAUGAGUACAGUGAAGUUGAAGAUGAUGAGUACAGUGAAGUUGAAGAUGACGAGGACGGUGAAGGAGUAGAUGAGGAGACACUGAAGCUUCAAGUCCCUAAUGAAGGUGGACGAGCUUGCAAGAAGCCAAGGUUGGCAGAAGGCUUUGGGUGCCAGACUGAGGCUGCAGUUUAG